UCUGCUGUGCAUCUGUUGUACAAUUGUAAAAUUCGUAAAGCCUUUUUUGCAUUGAGGUCAACAUAUUAUUGCGAUUUUACUGAUAUUUUUGCAUCUAUAAGCAGAACAGACAGCAGCAGCUAGACACUAUACGAAAAUCAUUCCUUCCUUAUCAAACUGUAUUUGAUUUUUUUUUCCUGUAUUAGGACAGUAUUUUACGUAAAUUCACCAUGAAACGAAGCUACGACACAAUGAAUUCUUCAAUAGAAAUAAGUUCCUAUCGCGAUCAACAUUUUAAGGGCUCUCGAAAUGAACAAGAAAAGUUGCUACGUGCAUCGUCAACAUUAUACAUUGGAAAUCUUUCAUUUUAUACAACAGAAGAACAAAUAUAUGAAUUAUUUAUGCGUUGUGGAGAAAUAAGAAGAGUAGUUAUGGGUUUAGAUAAGUACAAGAAAACUCCUUGUGGAUUUUGUUUUGUUGAGUAUUAUGCUAGACCAGACGCAGAGAAUUGUAUGAGAUACAUCAAUGGAACUAGGUUAGAUGACAGAAUUAUUAGAUGUGAUUGGGACGCUGGUUUUAUUGAAGGGAGACAGUAUGGACGUGGAAAAACUGGGGGACAGGUGCGAGAUGAAUAUAGAACAGACUAUGAUGGCGGCAGAGGGGGUUAUGGUAAAAUUAUUGGCCAAAAGAUAACUCCUAACACAUUAGAUCGUUGAAAUUUUAUAUUUACAAGAAACAAGCCACUGUUUUGAAAGACUGUAAUUCAAGAAUAUGUUCAUUCAGAUUGUAAUGAAGUGUGAAUAAAAAACUUUUUUAUGUCAA